UGGACGCGUAACAAGUGCUGGUUUCCUCUUUCCAUUCCGAAUUGGAUUCGUUAUUUCUCCCGCGAACGGCAAAGAGUUGCUGCCUUUCUUAAAUGCGGGAAAAAGCGAGGAAGAACCCUAGCGGAAUUCAAGAUGCGGUCGCCCAACAUGGCAAUGGAUGAGGAAUUCCUCCUACGGGCUACACCGCCUACUCAAUACCCCGUCGGCGGGCGGCGAAAGCCGACGGCGGGAAUCCGGUCGUGGCUGGUGGUUUCAGAAUCGAGGCAGCCCUAUCUUGAAGAGGCAGGGAAGCAUUUAAUCAUGCGGCGAACGGGGCUUCCGGCACGGGACUUACGUGUUCUCGAUCCCCAGCUAUCAUACCCAUCCACCAUCCUUGGGAGAGAGCGGGCGAUUGUUAUCAAUCUGGAGCACAUUAAGGCUGUGAUUACUGCAAUGGAGGUGCUCGUUCCCAACUGCAAGGAUCCCUUGGUGGCUCCAUUUUUGCAGGACCUGCAAACGAAGGUUGCAUGUUCAUUCGGUGUUCCAAUGCACUCGGUUGCAGAAUCUAGUGAUACGGAUGCUGAUCAGGCUGCUAAGGCUGUCCCAAGUUAUGAAUCAAUAACAGGCAGACCUAGAACCAAUUCGGAUGCAUACAAUAAUGGGGGUACCAAUGUGUUACCUUUUGAGUUCAGAGCACUUGAAGUCUGUCUUGAAUCGGCUUGUAGACUCCUUGAAUCAGAGACAUUGACAUUGGAACAAGAGGCAUACCCUGCUUUAGACGAGCUGACCUCAAAAAUCAGCACUCUUAACCUUGAGCGUGUUAGACAAAUAAAAAGCCGUCUUGUUGCACUUUCUGGUCGUGUGCAGAAGGUAAGGGAUGAACUUGAACACCUCUUGGAUGAUGACACGGAUAUGGCUGAAAUGUAUUUAACUGAAAAACUAGCUAAUCAGCAAGCUGGCGAUACCGCUUCAAGAGUUGAUAUAGGUAGUGAUGAACUCGAAUUGAGUGAGCAUAGGGAUGAUGUCAAAACUGAAACAGAGAGCACCAGUGGAAACUCGAGUGUUUUUAAGCUUAAUAUUGAGGAAUUGGAGAUGCUUUUAGAGGCUUAUUUUGUGCAGAUAGAUGGUACUUUAAAUAAAUUAUCCACGUUGAGGGAGUAUGUGGAUGACACUGAGGAUUAUAUCAAUAUUAUGCUUGAUGAGAAGCAAAAUCAGCUGCUGCAGAUGGGAAUUUUGCUCAGCAUGGCAACUCUUGUCCUCACAGCUGGUGUGGUGGUGACGGGUAUAUUUGGCAUGAACAUUACCAUUGAUCUAUACAAUGUCAAAACCUUUCACCAGUUCUGGGAAACCACCUAUGGAACCGUAGGAGGCUGUGUAAUUCUUUACAUCAUAGCAAUUGUCUGGGGCAAGAAAAGUGGACUUCUUCAGUGACUUAAUGAUUGGUCAAAGCUUUCUUUAAAUAAUCAAAGCUUGACCCAAAGGCUUAUUUAAACCCCUGCUAGCAGUUUUUAUAUAUUUUCUCUUGUUUUGUAAUAUUACAAACUGCAAUUGGCAUUUGGAGCAAAAUACAUAUUCUUGCUUGAUUUUGCCGGUCCAUUCUCUUUCUCCUAUUUUGUUUGUGCUACUUUUUUAAUAUUUUCUGUUAAUUUUGAUACGUUCUUGUA